UUUUAUGGCCCUUGCAGCCAUGAGAGGCUUCUAGAAUGUCUUCCUUAUAGGCAAAUGUCCUCUGCAGGUUGGCCCUCCAUUGGUUGAAACCACAGUCAGAUUCUCCUCAGAAAUUAUCUGAUUGGAAAUCAGGGAGGGGGAGAAAAAGAAAGAGCAACAAGUGCAAUGCUUUUUUUUUUUUUUUUACGCUGGUUUGCAUUCGGGACUCGUUGGAAAGGAUUUUUUUUUUUCUUUUUGCGACUUAAGAAAAAGGGACAAGGAGUUAAUUGUUUUUUUUUCUAACUUUCUACUUUAAAGAGUUCCACCAUGCCUCGAUCCUUCCUGGUGAAGAACAAGAGAAGUGUGUCGUUUAAUGUCCACAGAUUGUACGAAGACGACAAAGGGUCUGAAGACGUCUUACCGGCCUCUUCUUCGGACAUGCCUCAGACCGAAGGCCGGCAAUCUCAAACAGACCCCCUGCCUUUAGAAAAACCGGAGCCCGAAUGUCCCUUAUCUGUGCGUCCCGAGCCCGCCGGACCCCCCGCGGCUCCCUCCCAGCCGUACUAUUUAACAGAGCCGAAAAUGGGAGAAUUCGCUCCUUACUAUAAACCGGCGUAUUCCUGGGAGCAGGUUCCGACUUCCUACCAGUUGGGUUUCAGCCCCGCGGUGCUGCAGCACGCCACCAGUUUGUACAACACCCACGUCAGCCGGAGCCCACAGCACCAGCAGCCUCUGGACUGCAGCACACACUACUCCCCAGAUCCGGACACCUACCACUGCAUCACCUGUGACAAGGUGUUCUCAACGUCUCACGGCCUGGAGGUCCACGUCAGGAGGUCCCACAGCGGGAUGAGACCUUUUGGCUGCAACAUCUGCAGAAAAACCUUUGGCCAUGCGGUCAGUCUGGAGCAACACAUGAACGUCCACUACCAGGAGAAAAGUUUUGAGUGCAAGAUGUGCGGGAAAUCCUUCAAGCGCUCCUCCACGCUCUCCACGCACCUCCUCAUCCACUCCGACACCAGGCCCUACCCAUGUCAGUUCUGCGGCAAGAGGUUCCACCAGAAGUCCGACAUGAAGAAACACACCUACAUCCACACCGGUGAGAAACCCCACAAGUGUCAAGUGUGCGGCAAAGCCUUCAGCCAGAGCUCCAACCUGAUCACCCACAGCCGCAAACACACCGGCUUCAAGCCCUUCGGAUGUGACGUUUGCUCCAAAGGCUUCCAGCGCAAGGUGGACCUCCGCCGCCACCAGGAGAGCCAACAUGUCAUGAAGUGACGCCUCAGCCCUUUUAAUCACCUCGGCUUUUUCUCCGGAAGAAACCUUUCUGAUGUACAGUCGUGGUCGAAAGUUUACAUACACUUGUAAAGAACAUCAUGUCAUGGCUGUCUGGAGUUUUCAAUCAUUUCUAUUUUUUUUUUUGUGAUAGACUGAUUGGAGCACAUACUUGUCGGUCACACAAAAACAUUCAUGAAGUUUUCUUCUUUUAUGAAUUUAUUAUGGCUCUACUGAAAAUGUGACUGGGUCAAAAGUAUACAUACAGCAAUGUUAAAGGCCUACUGAAAUGAGUUUUUCUUAUUUAAACGGGGAUAGCAGGUCCAUUCUAUGUGUCAUACUUGAUCAUUUCACGAUAUCGCCAUACCUUUGCUGAAAGGAUUUAGUAGAGAACAUCGACAAUAAAGUUCGCAACUUUUGGUGGCUAAUAAAAAAGAUUUGCCCGUACGGGAAGUAGCAGAUGAUGUGCGCGUGACGUCACCGGUGUGAGGGCUGCUCAAAUCCUCACAUUGUUUAUAAAGUGAGCCACCAGCAUUUAGAACAAUUCGGACCGAGAAAGCGACGAUUUCCCCAAUAAUUUGAGCGAGGAUGAAAGAUUCGUGGAUGAGGAAAGUUAGAGUGAACAAAUGAGUUUUAAGAUGGGACUUAGAUGCUUCUACUGAGGUAGCAUCUCUAAUUCAUUCAUUCGUUCAUUGUCCCAUUUACUCUCUGUAAAGCACCAGUUCCAUUCACAACAAAAGAAGCCCAAAGCAUGAUACUACCACCACCAUGCCUGACGGUAGGUGUGGUGUUCCUGGAAUUAAAGGCCCCACCUUUUCUCCUCCAAACAUAUUCCUGGGUAUUGUAGCCAAACAGCUCAAUUUUUGUUUCAUCUGACCACAGAACUUUCCUCCAGAAUGUCCAUGUGAUGUCAGAUGGAACAAAAAUGGAGCUUUUUGGCUACAAUAUGUUAACUUUUGACCCAGUAGAUUUUCUCCGAUUUUCAGUAGACCCAUAAUAAAUUCAUAAAAGAAGCAAACUUCAUAAAUGUUUUUUUGUGACUAACAAGAAACAAAAAAAUAAGAGUUGUCGAAAUGAUUAGAAACUCAAGACAGCCUUCACAAGUGUAUGUAAACUUUUGAGCACGACUGUACCUUCAGAAACAUGCACAGUGAAUGGAAAUCUUUUCGAAGUCACUUGCUUUCAAGCGAGGGCGCUAUUCUGCAGGAAAGAUGACUUCUUUGCCAUUGUAUUUAUAAUAAGUGUGAAUAUAAUAUGAUGGCUGUCAAUGUUCUUUAUGAAGUCUUACAUGCAGUUUAUGGAAAUAAAGAGCUAACCGAA